UCAAUCUGGGUAUGACUGAAGAUUUGGGAUGCACAGCAGUCCACUCCUGACUGGGAAUCAUCUGACCAAAACAGCUUAAUGUGUGAACAAGUAUGCUGAGAAGUCAAAUUUCUUGCUACAUUUUCUAUCAUAUCAGCAGAGGAACUGCUGAGGUGGAGAUCAACAAGUCAAAAAGAUGUGGAAGUUCCAGAAAAGUUCAGGCUGUUUAUUCCUUCUCUGUUGCAUCUGCUUGACUGAGUGUCGGGUGCUGAAGUUUGUUGUAGCUGUGUUCCGACAUGGUGAUCGAUCGCCUAUUGAAUCGUAUCCCAGGGAUCCUCAUGGGGAGGACGUGUGGGCUCAGGGCUUUGGACAGUUGACUGAGCUGGGCAUGAAACAACAGUUUGAGCUUGGCAGGUUUCUGAGGAGGCGCUAUGGAAACUUUCUCAAUGAAGACUACAACAACAAGGAGUUAUACGUGCGGAGCACCGACUACGACCGCACUCUGAUGAGUGCCCAGGCCUGCCUUGCUGGGAUGUUCCCCCCAACUAGACGCCUGCCUCCCAUCAUGCCCCAGUUACUGUGGCGGCCUAUUCCAGUGCACACCAUCCCCAGGGCCCAGGACAAGCUGCUGAAGUCUCCAGGCAAAGACUGUCCAAGGUUCAGAGCACUGAUGAUGGAGACCUUUGAGAGUCAGCCUUACCAGAGGUUUCUAAGGGCUCACCAGUACUUUGUGGAGGGACUUUCCAACAACACUGGCUACCCUGUGUCCAAACUGGUUGGCAAAAAAAUAUGGAGGGUCUAUGACACUCUCACCUGUCAGAGGAUCCAUAACUUGACUCUCCCACACUGGGCCACCCAAGACGUCCUAGCCACCCUGAAGAGGAUAGCAUCCUUUGAGGUCAUGUACAGCAUCCUCAGUCACAAGCGCAGAGAGAAGGCCAGGCUCUCGGGAGGGGUUCUACUGAAUGCCAUCCUGAGGAAUUUCUCCAGGGCUGUAGAGCAACGGAGCUCUCUUAAGUUCAUCAUGUACUCAGCUCAUGACUCGACACUCAUCACCCUCCAGGCGGCUCUGGACGUGUACAACGGCCUCCUCCCUCCUUACGCUGCCUGUCAGCUCUUUGAGUUCUACCAGGAGUAUGAUGGAUCCUAUUCCCUGGAACUGUAUUACCGCAAUGACUCUUGGCGCGAACCCUACCCCAACCCCAUCCCAGGAUGCAACGGGAUGAACCCCUGCCCUUUGUCCUUGUUCAAUGAACUGGUGCGAGAUGUGGUGGCAGAGGACUGGGAGGUCGAGUGCGGGUUUAGGACAAAAUGGUCAAGCACAGGUGUCAUCACGGCUCUUGCAGUGGCCGUGGGUCUCCUGGCAGUGGCACUGUUGUUCAGCAUAGGAGUAGCGAUCCACAGGAGGAGAGCGCACUACUCCAGAGAGGUGUAAUGCAGACAACUGUCACACAUGUGCCAAAAAUACAAAAAGGUGCUUCUCAGGUGUGGAAACAGCUCUAAUAAUAAUAAUGAUAAUAAUAAUGUGCCAUGUACUUUGAUAAUAUAGAUCCUGACUGGGUGUCUGUGUGUGUGUGUGUGUGUGUGGGGGAGGUUCAUGGGCUUUUUACUUCUACUAUAUUUGGAGGACUAAAAUAAUACACAGCAUGUAUGUGAAAAUUAUGAAAUGAAUAUAGCUGAGAAAUAAAAUGUAUUCAAAAUUA